AUGGCGACAGAUGGCGGAGGAGCCGGUCCCGGUGCGGGCAGACCCGGCGGGCGGCGGGGCCCGGGGCUGAUGUGGGCUGAAAACCAGAGGCUGAGCAAGGCGGCCGAUGCGGUGGAGAAGAAGGGACCGUACAUCGUGAGCAAGCCCCCCUCCCUCCACGCCAAGCUCAAGCGGCAGCGGGAGCUGGCGAAGGCGGCGCUGCGGAGGCAGGGGCUGCUGGGGGCACCGGCACCAAACCCGAGACCAGCACCAAAGAGGUCAGUCAAGUUUAACAAGGGUUACACGGCGCUGAGCCAGGCGGCGGAUGAGAACCUGCUCUCCCUCGAUUCGGACAGUGACGAGGAGCCAGGAUCCAGAUGUUCCUCAGGCUACUCCUCUGCUGAGCAGGUGAACCAGGACCUGAGCCGGCAGCUGCUGAAGGAUGGGUACCACCUCGACGAGGUCCCUGAUGAUGAGGAUCUGGAUCUCAUCCCCCCCAAACCCAUCACCUCCUCUUCUUGCCCCUGUUGUUUCGGAGACAGCCUCUCCUGUGUGAUCCAGUAGAUGCUGCUCAGCAGGGGCUGUGCAAACCAGCACUUUCUUUGUUCAUGGGAUGGCUGUUGGUGUCCGUGUCCAUGCUGGGACAGUGACACAACGACCAAAUGAUGCUGCGAUGCCUCUCAUGGUGAGCAGCAGCAACCAACCCACCCCAAAGGACUUUUCCUCAUGCUCAGCAAUAGCAGGGAGAGGUGGCACAGUGACAUUCAGGUGGCCUGGAUGGGACCAGGCACCUCCAAGGGGGUGUAAAAGUGGAAGGGACUGGGAGGUGCAAUAGCAAAUGCUCCCUGCUUUGCCUGACCUCCUCUUUUCCUCCUUUAAUUGGCCUUGGUGAGGUUCAGGACCUGGCCCCAGACAUGGGUUGUGCUGCCCUAAUGAUGGUGGGGUAGAUGAUCGCUGCUGGGUCCCUUCCUAACGCCUGGGCUGAGCUGAACCAAAGCUGGCAGCUCCAAUGGAGGGACCCCAGUGGAGUGGAUUGAGCUUUAGGUGUCUGCAUUGCUACAUCCACCUGCAGCCAUUGUGCACGCUGGGACCUCCCUGUCUGCUUUCUGCCCCUUGAGGACCUGUUAAGUUCUGGGUUUGGAGCUGGUGGCAUGUUCCAGUUGUCCCCAGAGCUGCUCUGAUGGAGGCGAGGGGCAGCCUGGACCCCCCUUUGGGUGCAGGUUUGGGGGGGCUACAGGCUCUACUUGCUGUGAACCUUAAAAGCUGCCUUAAAUCAUGGUCCUGCUACUCCAUAGAGGACAAUCCGCUGCUUAGAAACCUUAUUUAAGUAGUUCAUGUCUAGAGUCCUGAACUGUUGCUUUUGGGGGUUUUGUAUUCUAUUCAUUCAAGGGAGCACUCAAUAAACUGCAUCUUGUUACUC